AUACCGACGCGUAUGUAUAUAUAUACGACUACGAAUACGAUUCUCGUUUCAUAUACAAUACAUUUGAUUUGACAAUUAGAGCAAGGCAAUGGACCUCCCGGAGGUGACGUCACGAAGUUCCGAUGACACGGCGGUGGAAGAUGAAAAUCGCGACGACAUGCAGCUCAUCCACCGCCGCAUGCGGCGGCUGUCAUUGCACCUCAACCCGGCGCUUUUCCCGGACUUUCCGGAUCGCGGCCUGGAGAUGUUAAUGUGCGCGGGGAAGGGGAAGGGGAAGGCGAAGGUGUUGAAGGUGAGGACGGAUAUGUUGUUGCAGUACAUGAAAGGGAGGCACCGAGACAUCCAAGAUAAGGUGUACGAGUUCUUCAAAUCCAGGCCGGAUUUGCAGACGCCUAUCGAGAUCUCCAAGGAUGAGCACAGGGAAUUGUGCAUGAGGCAGCUUAGGGGCCUGGUCCAUGAGGCAGGGAUAAGGCCCUUCAGAUACGUGGUCGACGACCCUGUUAAGUAUUUCGCUAUUGCGGAGGCUGCAGGUAGCGUUGAUAUGUCUUUAGGUAUCAAGCUGGGUGUUCAGUACAGUCUUUGGGGAGGCUCUGUUCUCAAUUUGGGAACUAAGAAACACAGAGACAAGUACUUUGAAGGCAUAGACAACCUGGAAUACACCGGUUGCUUUGCAAUGACUGAGCUUCAUCAUGGUUCCAAUGUUCAAGGCCUUCAAACUGUUGCCACCUUUGAUCCACUUAAGGGUGAAUUUAUUAUAGACACACCUAAUGAUGGGGCCAUUAAAUGGUGGAUUGGUAAUGCUGCUGUCCAUGGUAAAUUUGCAACAGUUUUUGCAAGAUUGUUGCUACCAACUCAUGAUUCAAAAGGUGUUUCCGACAUGGGUGUUCAUGCUUUCAUUGUUCCAAUAAGGGAUCUAAAGACACACAAAACUCUACCAGGAGUAGAAAUACAUGACUGUGGUCACAAAAUUGGCUUGAAUGGAGUAGACAACGGUGCUCUGAGAUUCAGGUCAGUCAGAAUUCCUCGGGAUAAUCUUCUAAAUCGAUUUGGAGAUGUGUCAAGGGAUGGAAAAUACACAAGCAGCCUUCCAUCAAUUAAUAAAAGAUUUGCUGCCACACUGGGAGAACUUGUUGGUGGAAGAGUGGGGCUUGCACAUGCUUCAGUUGGGGUUCUUAAACUUGCUGUAACUAUUGCUACCCGCUAUUCUCUUCUACGCCAGCAAUUCGGUCCUCCCAAACAGCCUGAAAUCAGUAUUCUUGAUUAUCAGUCUCAGCAACAAAAACUUAUGCCAAUGUUGGCUUCGGCUUAUGCAUUCCAUUUUGCAACACUACACCUAGUGGAGAAGUAUUCUGAUAUGAAGAAGUCUCAUGAUGAAGAGUUGAUUGGAGAUGUCCAUGCUCUCUCAGCCGGGCUUAAAGCUUAUAUCACUUCUUUUACUGCAAAGUCAUUGAACACUUGCAGAGAAGCGUGUGGAGGUCAUGGCUAUGCUACUGUUAAUCAAUUUGGUAAGUUGAGGAAUGAUCAUGACAUAUUUCAGACAUUUGAAGGAGACAACACAGUUCUUCUACAGCAGUUGGCAGGAUUUCUUUUAAAGCAGUACGGAGAGAAGUUCCGAGGUGGGACACUCUCAGUCACAUGGAACUAUCUAAGACAAUCAAUGAAAUCUUAUCUCUCUCAGCCUAACCCAGUAACUUCUAGGUGGGAAGGUGAAGACCAUUUGCGAGAUCCUAACUUCCAGUUAGAUGCUUUUAGGUAUCGCACAUCUCGGUUACUUCAAAGUGUUGCUAUUCGACUUCAGAAGCACUCAAAGAAUCUUGGGGGCUUUGGUGCUUGGAAUAGAUGCUUAAAUCACCUCUUGACACUUGCAGAGUCCCACAUUGAGUCCUUCAUCCUUGAAAUUUUUAUUCAAGCUGUCAAAAGUUGUCCCGAUCCCAGUUCUCGUGCUGCUCUGAAACUUGUCUGCGACCUUUAUGCUUUGAAUCGAAUCUGGAAUGAUAUAGGAACUUACCGCAAUGUAGACUAUGUGGCUCCUAACAAAGCUAAGGCAAUUAACAAGUUAACUGAAUAUCUGUGCUUCCAAGUCAGAAAUACAGCAAAGGACCUCGUUGAUGCCUUUGACCUACCAGAUUAUGUUAUACGGGCUCCAAUUGCUUUGCAGGAUUCGGAACAAGUUUACUUACAAUACGCUCAAUAUGCCGGAUUCUAGUUCCUGCACAAGGCAAUAAACAACUUCAUCUUCAGAUAGGAUAGUUUCAAAUAUACAACAGAAAAUAAAAAGGGGGAUGGGUCUGGGAUCAUCAUUGAUUUUGAAUCUACAACUAUUCUUUUUCCUGAUAAUAAUUAAUAAGCUUUUUCGUUUUGCAU